UAAUAUUACUUUUUGAUAUUAUCACAGUUGGUUGCAGAUUCUGAUUCUCAAAUAUUCUGUAAUGUGACUGCUUCCAGCUAGUUUUGGAGAGCAGGGUUAUUUUUCUUGUUCUAUCCUGUAUCCCUAGUGCCUGGUACUUAGAUGUUCAAUAAAUAUUUGUUGAAUCAAUUAAUUUCAGGAAAGGGCCUUGUUUUAAGACUGUCUCUGGAAACAGCACUAUCCUCACACCCUUCUUUUGUUCGUUUUAAUCAUUUCUUGUCCCUAAACGUACUACUUUUCUUGAGGGCUAUAGAUUCUCUAUACUCACCUCCACUGUUAAUCACGUUCACCUGCUCAUUCAUCAUGGCUAAAAUAGCUUAAAUGAAAAUGACAAUGAGCAGAUUAAGGGAGGUUGGGAUGUAAAAAAUAUCUAGAAGGGUUAUGCAAAUAAAAUGUUGGAUCAUUUUUAUAAAACAAAGUGGUGGCGAUGAUAGAGGAGAGAUGCUUUUAACUUAAAACCCUUAAAGGAUGAUAAAAUUGGUAUUGUGCCUGUCAUUUCUAUAAUAUCUGGAUUACUUAGCAUGGCGUUGUAGAGAAUUUUAGAGAAUCAGGGCUUAAACUAGAACUCAUAUUUCCUUAUUCUCGGUCCAAUGCUGUUUACUAAAUGAGAGGCGAUAAGGGAUAAAGGAUGAGGCUGUGUUCAAUUUCGCCUCUUCCUCCCAUUUACCAGUUAUAGGCCCAUUAUGUUCCUCGGUCCUCUUCUCUGUAAAAUGGAAGUAAUAGUUUCUACCUUUUAGGGUUGCUGUGAAAAAUUAAAUGAUUUAUACAUGUAAUUCUCCAUUACGUUAAUCAUAGUACACACCCCAAAAAUGUUUCUCGGUGCGCUACAUCAAAUGUUCAGUAAAUGUAUUACACUGUUCAUAAAAGAAAACUGAAUCUUUUUCAUGUGUAAGAGUCAAAUGUACACUGAUUCUCUAGCCUCUGUGUAUGAGUGGUAAGAGAGCAGCAGCCUAGGACUACAGACCCAGGGUCCAAAAACGACCUGAAAAUGAGCCAAGCUAUGACAUGGAAAAUAUCUGCAGCCUGCAAUCCACGCAGCAGCCAGCCCUGCGACGGGCUUCUGGGCUCGCUCUCCUCUGGGCAGAGUUGCUGACAGACAGUUCGUCUUAGCCACACCAGCCGUGCCUUUUCUCAGAGCUCCGCCUUCCCAGAUAUGCUAGGUAGCAGGCCUCGGCCAAUGGCGACGCAGCGUCAUCGGAGCAGUAUCCAAUCAGCAGUUAGGAGCGCGGAAAGGAGCGGGGCCGAGUUAAGAGCGGCUGGCGCGGCAGAGCGCGGCGCCCGAGGUUUUGGUAUGAACAGGAUUCGGAUUCACGUCUUGCCAACCAAUCGGGGGAGGAUCACCCCAGUGUCCAGAUCUCAGGAGCCCUUGUCGUGUUCUUUCACUCAUCGCCCAUGCUCUCAACCUCGUCUCGAGGGGCAGGAGUUUUGCAUUAAGCAUAUCCUUGAAGACAAGAAUGCACCCUUCAAGCAGUGUAGUUAUAUAUCGACGAAGAAUGGAAAAAGAUGUCCCAAUGCUGCCCCAAAGCCAGAGAAGAAAGAUGGGGUGUCCUUCUGUGCUGAACAUGCCCGUAGGAAUGCCCUGGCACUUCAUGCUCAAAUGAAGAAGACCAACCCAGGGCCUAUGGGUGAAACACUCUUAUGCCAGCUGAGCUCAUAUGCUAAGACAGAGCUGGGGUCUCAGACUCCAGAAAGUAGCCGCAGUGAAGCCAGCCGAAUACUGGAUGAAGACAGCUGGAGUGAUGGGGAGCAGGAACCCAUUACUGUGGAUCAGACAUGGAGAGGUGACCCUGACAGUGAAGCUGAUAGCAUAGACAGUGAUCAAGAAGAUCCCCUAAAACAUGCUGGUGUCUACACAGCAGAAGAAGUGGCUCUGAUUAUGCGUGAGAAGCUAAUUCGUUUGCAGUCUUUGUACAUCGAUCAGUUUAAACGACUUCAGCAUCUGCUCAAGGAAAAGAAGCGCCGGUACUUACAUAAUCGCAAAGUGGAACAUGAAGCUCUAGGUAGUAGUCUCCUGACUGGCCCAGAGGGACUUUUGGCCAAAGAACGAGAAAACUUGAAGCGAUUAAAGUGUCUCCGGCGAUACCGCCAGCGAUAUGGAGUGGAAGCCUUACUACACAGGCAGUUGAAGGAACGCAGAAUGCUGGCCACAGAUGGUGCCGCCCAACAGGCUCAUACCACUCGUUCCAGUCAGAGGUGCUUGGCCUUUGUGGAUGAUGUUCGUUGUUCCAAUCAGUCUCUUCCAAUGACCAGACACUGCCUUACCCAUAUUUGUCAGGAUACAAAUCAGGUUCUCUUCAAAUGUUGCCAGGGAUCUGAAGAGGUACCCUGCAACAAACCAGUUCCUGUAAGCCUCUCUGAGGAUCCCUGCUGCCCACUGCAUUUCCAGUUGCCUCCCCAGAUGUAUAAGCCCGAGCAGGUGCUGUCUGUGCCAGACGAUCUGGAAGCCGGCCCCAUGGAUCUGUACUUGAGUGCUGCUGAGCUUCAGCCCACUGAGAGUUUACCUCUGGAGUUCAGUGAUGAUUUGGAUGUUGUGGGUGACGGUAUGCAGUGCCCCCCUUCACCCUUGCUUUUUGAUCCUUCAUUAACCCUUGAAGAUCAUUCAAUCAAAGAAAUUGCUGAAGGCAGCCCUGUGGAUAUCUUGGGCCAGAUGCAGAUGGCUGGAGAUGGGUGCAGAUCCCAGGGAUCUCGAAAUUCUGAGAAAGCCUCUGCACCAUUGCCUCAAAGUGGAUUGGCUACUGCAAAUGGGAAGCCAGAACCCCCUUCUGUCAGUUGAUAGUGUGUUUUGGGAACCAUUUGACUUUGGUGGAUUUAAAUUUCUCAUUCCUCAAACAAGUAUUUCUCUGAUUAUCUCUCACUAAACGGGCAACCCAGACUACCUUGUUUUUUUUUCUGGAUUGAAUGCUAUAGUUAAACAUAAAACCAAAUUUUGAGAGAAUGGACCAAUAGUUUUCAAAAGUUGUGGGUUUCUUCCCACUCUGAGCAAGAAAGAGAGUGAUAAUUCUUGUCAAAGCUUCUGGGAUUUGAGUAUUUGGGACUAUGCCUAAGGGGAAAGAGACAUCUUUGUAAUGGGAUUUCCUAAGUCAUGGAUAGGAAUCCAUAUAAGUGGCCAGGUGGAAGCUGUCUUUGAGUGGUGCCCUUGAAAUAUUGAUGGCCCUGAUGAUGUCUGUUUAUCUAAAGGGCUACAUUUUAGCCUGCCUUCACCUUCACUUAAUUGGGUAGUCUGAACCCCUUUCCCCAGUAAACUCUGCCUUUAUCCUCUCAGAAAAUAGCCCACAGGACUGGGCCCUUCUUAAUUACCCAUCUUGCUUCUAACCUGUGUAAAUUUCUGUGAUUGGCUGUCUUAUGUAAGAUACAGUAAAAAUUGUAUAUAGUUUCUAUUAAAUGUUAAAGGAAAUGUUACAAAAAUGUAAAACAA